GUGAUAGAGAGAAGUUUCGCAGUGUUGUAUCUCAAUCCACACGUUUGCCAUUGUCCGCGUAGAAGAGAUGGCUUUAAAAUUUCUAUUACUCGUCGGCCUGUUCUUCAUCGCUAUUGGCGUCAUCGCGCAGGAAAGUGUGAAACAAUCGGCCAGACAAGAGUCGCCGUGGGCUUGGGCGUGCCGAACGGGCCGAGGGUGCGUCAAAGUGGCAAAAGAUUCACCCGUGCAAGAUGGAGACGACAUGACCAAUCCAACUUUGGCUGGAUGCAAGUUAACUUGCAACGGCGAGUCCACCCUGUGGCCAAAACCUCGCAGUAUCAUCUCCCUUUCAAAAACCCUCGUAUCUUUCCAUCCAACGGACAUACGAAUCAAUCGCAUUUCGGCUCCGACUCCAAAGGUCAAAUCAUUGACAAAUGAGGCCAUUCAAGUACUACGAAGUACUAUCCGCAAGGGCAUUCCGAGUACGCACAGAGGUCGCAAUCAAACAAAAGAGACACAACGACCUUACAUCAAUAUUCAAGUAUCCAUCGUGUCGGGUGAAGAACGCAUCGAGAUGACAACUGACGAAUCUUACAACUUACACGUCGAAACGAUUUUUGCCACGGCCGCAACGCCCGCUAGUCCCCGUAGCACUACGUCCGUCUCAAUCACGGCUACUACCUUCUUCGGCGCUCGCCACGGACUUGAAACACUAUCACAAAUUAUGGCCUGGGAUGACACCUUGGGAAUGAUGAUUAUGUUAACGGACGCCAACAUUUCAGAUUCGCCAGCCUACGUUCAUCGUGGACUUCUCGUCGAUACGUCACGUAAUUACGUAAGCGUUCCAGUCAUCAAGAAAAUUCUCGACGCCAUGUCUUACGAUAAACUCAACGUGUUCCAUUGGCACCUUACGGACACGCAUUCUUUCCCUUUUGUAUCUACUCGGGAACCGAGAUUGGCCCUUUACGGCGCUUACUCUUCCGACAAAGUAUACCGACCUGAAGAUAUUAAAGAACUCGUUCAUUACGCCACCGUUAGAGGCAUCAAAAUCGUGCCAGAAUUCGACGCUCCUGCUCACGUUGGAAGCGGAUGGGAAUGGGGGGAACGUGCUGGAAUGGGUCAGUUAGCACUUUGCAUCAACAAGGAGCCAUGGUCAACAUACUGCGUGGAACCGCCAUGCGGAAUGCUAAAUCCCGUUAACGACAACAUCUAUUCCGUAUUAAGCAAUAUCUACCAGGACAUGCGAGACUUGUUCGUCAGCGACAUUUUCCACAUGGGUGGCGACGAAGUCCAUUUCACGUGCUGGAACGAAACGACUGAAAUUACCGAUUGGCUAAAAACGCAAGGACGGACAAACAGAAGCAAAGAAGAUUUCCUCUAUGUAUGGACCUAUUUUCAAAAUCGAGCGUUAGCCGAACUGGACAAAGCUUAUGACAAUGAACAACCCGUCGUUCUCUGGACCAGCGGUUUUACAGAGGAUGGCCGUGCAGACAAAUAUCUGGACAAGAAUCGAUACGUCAUUCACAUUUGGACAACCGCUACCGACGAGAGUAUCGCCCAAUUGUACCGUCAAGGUUUCAAAUUGAUUAUGUCAAAUUACGACGCAUGGUACCUUGAUUGCGGUUACGGACAAUGGGUUGGUGAUGGGCCAAACAAUUGGUGUUCACCAUACAUCGGCUGGCAAAAGGUCUACGAAAACAGCCCCCGUAAACUAAUUGUUAAUUUCAACGAGACAUACAACCCAAAACAGAUAUUAGGUGGUGAAGGCGCCAUAUGGUCUGAACAGGUUGACAGCACGACUAUCGAAGGGAAAUUGUGGCCUCGUAUGUCAGCUGUAGGAGAGAGGCUAUGGAGCGAUCCAGACACAACAUGGAGAGCUGCCGAACAUCGUCUCUAUCAUCACCGCGAACGACUAGUACAACGUGGAAUACAAGCAGACGCCCUUCAGCCAGAGUGGUGUCACCACAACGACGGCUAUUGCUUCCUCUAAUUGCAGUAGACAACAUGUACCCGGAAUCAACAAAAAUGUUCAAGGUGAUAGAGCCCUUAAGUUCUUGAAAUGUCACCUUGACGAUGUCUGCUGGUUGCUAUAGUGAUCGAUCACCGAAAUAAAACAAAAUUGUCGCAAUUGACAA